AUGGCCAGGGAGAACCAGACACUGCAUGCACAGUUAGAGGCAAAGGCGAAGAAGAAGGCUGUGAAAGAUGGAGACAAGUGGGUGAAAACUGAUGCACGGAUUCUUACCGGGCCUGAGAGAGUUGCUGCGAUCCUCAUGGAAGAGGAGUUGAAAGUGAGAAACACAGUGGCGGAUGCCAAGGUCAAAUGGUGUACGGAAAUUGACAAGAUGGCCAACCACAGAGUUUAA